AUGAUCGACACAUUUGUGCGGGCCGGACUUACUCGUCGCAGACUCCUUGCGCAAGAAGUAGUCGUUCUCCUUGCACAAGAAGAAGCGCGUGUUCCUCAAUCUCCGACGGAUUCCGGUGAGAACUCCGUUGUUUUCAGGUAUAUUUCCCUGCAUUUUCCACCGAUUACGGCUUCCGCUGAAGAGCAAACAUUUUUUGUGAAGAUGGGUUCAAGGGGAGGUGGAAAGCCUUUUGCUUCUGGUGCAAAUACCAGCUUAUCAUCCAAGGGGAAAAAUGUACCAGAAUCCUCUGGUCCUGCUGCUGAACAGUUGAGUCAGGGUGUGGCAGAUAUUGGUCUGGAUUCUGCAGAAGGUGAUGGAGAGUGGGAGGUUAUUUCGAAGAAGUCCAAGAACAGAGCUGGAAGCAGUGCUGCAAAACCCUGGGGGUCUCAGAACAUCAAUACUAAAGCAUGGGGAAAUCCUGAUGUGAAGCAAGGCAUGCGGAAUAGUGGUGGAUCAGGAAGAGUUCCAGGCAAUGCCUGGUUGUCACAGCCUGUUGAUCCCAGGGGAACAACUGGCAGAGGAAAUGUGAGGACCCAAACAUUCAAUAGGAGCAUGCAGAGCAAUUAUGGCAGCCCACAACCUGUAAUCCGUCCACCUUUGGAGCAUGGAUGGAACUGGCAAGCUAGGGCUGGUGCUACUCAACUGAGGGGUUCAGAAGAUCAGAAAAAAGACGAGAAUUAUGAGGUCAACCAGGAAAAUGAUUCCUAUGAUGAUGAAGAUGAUGGUGAUGAAGAUGAUGCCUUAGAGGAGGAUACUGAUGAUGAACUUUUAAGUGAGGAUUUUGACUCUGAUACAAGUCAACAAAGCCAUGAGACUCGCAAGAAGAGCAGAUGGUUCAAGAAAUUCUUUGACAGUUUGGACAGUUUGUCCAUUGAGGAGAUUAAUGAACCAGCAAGGCAGUGGCACUGCCCAGCAUGCCAAGGUGGUCCUGGUGCUAUUGACUGGUACAGAGGCCUUCAGCCCCUGAUAACACAUGCCAAAACAAAGGGAGCUAAAAGGGUAAAGCUACAUCGGGAGCUCGCAGAAGUUUUGGAUGAGGAGUUGAGCCGGAGGGGAAGUUCAGUUAUUCCCGCUGGUGAAGCAUUUGGCAAAUGGAAAGGAUUAAUGGAUGAGGAGAAAGAUCAUGAGAUUGUUUGGCCUCCAAUGGUUAUCAUUAUGAAUACUAGGCUUGAGCAGGAUGACAAUGAUAAGUGGCUUGGAAUGGGCAAUCAAGAGCUUCUUGACUACUUCAGUGGAUAUGCUGCUGUGAAGGCUAGACACUCUUAUGGUCCGCAGGGUCAUCGUGGGAUGAGCAUUCUGAUCUUUGAGAGCUCUGCACGGGGAUAUUUAGAAGCUGAGCGCCUGCAUAAGCAUUUUUCUGAUCAGGGAACUGAUAGAAAUGCUUGGGAUCGUCGUCGGAUCUUAUUCUAUCAGGGUGGCAAGCGCCAACUCUAUGGUUACAUGGCACUGAAGGAAGACUUGGACCUCUUCAAUCAGCAUUCUCAGGGGAAGUCGAAGCUGAAAUAUGAAAUAAGAUCAUACCGUGAGAUGGUUGUGACCCAAAUCAGGCAAAUGGCUGAGGACAACCAGCAACUCAUGUACUUCAAGAACAAGGUGUUUACAGAACAAAGGCAUUCAAAACAACUUGAAGAAUCUUUUGGAAUAGUGUCUGAGAAGCUGCGGAAGACAAUGGAAGAAAACCGUAUUGUGAGGCAGAGAACCCAAAUGCAUCAUUUACAGAACAAGGAAGAGUUGGAUUUUCAAGAGCAAUUUUUUAAGGAACAACUCCAAACAAUCCAUGAACAAAGAGAAGCAAAAGAAGAGGAUUUUGAGAAACUGCAGCAGGAUAAGCGUCAGCAGGUGAAGAAGUCAAAUGCGAAUCCUUCCAGUGCCGAGGACUAUAGAAACAGGGUGGAACAAGUUGAAAAAUUUAUAGAGCUUCAAGACAAAGAGAUGGGGGAGUAUGUGGAUGAGAGGGAUGCCUUGAUUGAAGAACGUGACGAAAAGCUGACUGCAAUGAAGCGUCGGCAUCAGGAGGAAGAACUUGAAAUAGAGAAUGAGUUUAGUGCUAGGCUAAACAGCCUUAUGCAGAAGUAUACUCCAAACCAACCACAAGGCACUGCCAAUGCCUGA